AUGGAGCCGGACGGAGAGAAACCCAGCAGCCCGGGCCGUGUUGCCCCGGACCCCGAGCCGGUAUCCGUCACCGUCGACCGCAACAGCUCCGGCGACGCCGCGGGUCGGAGGGGCAUCCUCGCCGAGACAGAAAAGGGCAUCGACGCCGGACUACCAACGUCGUCUCCCUCCUCCUCCUCUACCUUCUCGACGGGAAGCAGUCCGGGGGACCCCGAGCCGGCCGGCCCGCCGCCGCCCCCGGAUGGCGGCUACGGCUGGGUGUGCACGGCGUGCGUCGCCACCGUCAACGCGCACACGUGGGGCCUCAACUCGAGCUACGGCGUCUUCCUCGCCCAUUACCUCGCCAACGACGCCUUCCCCGGCGCCUCGGCCCUCGACUACGCCUUUGUCGGCUCCCUCAGCGUCAGCUGCGCGCUGCUCGUCUCCCCCGUCGCCACCGUCUGCGUCCGCGAGAUCGGCACAAAGCCCACCAUGCUGGCCGGCGCCGUCCUUGAGGCAGCCAGCCUGGUUUGCGCAAGCUUCGCCAGCCGCAUCUGGCACCUCUUCCUCACCCAGGGCGUCCUCUUCGGCAUCGGCAUGGGCUUCCUGUUCAUCCCCUCUGUGGGCAUCGUGCCCCAGUGGUUCAGCACCCGCCGCUCCCUUGCCAACGGCAUCUCGGCAUGCGGCUCCGGCCUCGGCGGCCUGCUCUACUCGCUGGCCGCCGGCGCCAUGAUCCGUAACCUCGGCCUCGCAUGGGCCUUUCGCAUCCUCGGCAUCCUCGCCCUCGUCGUCAACGUCGUCUGCACGCUCCUGCUGCGCGACCGCAACAGCAUCAUCGGCUCGAGCCAGCUUGCCUUUGACACGGCCCUCUUUCGCAGGCCCGAGUUUCUCCUGCUCCUUGCCUUUGGCUGGUUCAGCAUGCUCGGCUACGUCGUCCUCAUCUUCAGCCUGGCCAACUACGCCAACCAGAUCGGUCUCGGCGCCUCCCAGGCCGCCCUCGUCAGCGCCUUCUUCAACCUGGGCCAGGCCGUCGGCAGGCCCUUUGUCGGCUACUUCAGCGACCGCACCGGCCGCAUCAACAUGUCGGCCUUGACCACCUUUCUCGCCGGCCUCUUCUCCCUCGCCAUCUGGAUCAACGCCGACUCGUACGGCGUGCUCGUCUUCUUCGCCAUCGUCUGUGGCUGCGUCGCCGGCACCUUUUGGACCUCCAUCGGCCCCGUCACCGCCGAGGUUGUGGGGCUGCGGCGCGUGCCCUCGGCCCUCGGCCUCAUCUGGCUCACCAUCCUGCUGCCCUGCCUCUUCAGCGAGCCAAUUGCCCUGCAGAUCGUUGCCGGCACCGGCGGCUACCUGGGCACCCAGCUUUUCACCGGCUUCAUGUUUGUCUCAGCGGCUCUCUGUCUCGUCGUCUUGCGGGGGUGGAAGAUUGGUCAGGUGCGCGAGAUGGCGCGGCUGACCGACGAGGCACCCGAGCACAUUGAUGCCGCCAAGGCGGAAAGCAACGAAGAUUUCAACGCCAAAAGCCGCAAGUCGGGGCGCAAGACGAUGCUUGCCGACUGCCUGAAGGUGAACAAGGUGUAG